AUGCCUCCAAAGGCAGGAGGUGAGCGCUCUCGCGCAGGAAAACAGCACCAAAGCCUAGACAAUGGCCAUCAUCUCUUAUCCGUCGCGCCCAUUGUUUCCACUCCACAAAUCAACCGACCAGUCAAAAGCACCAUCCAACCAAAAUUCACCAUCGCUCCCCUCAUCCUCGAAAACACAAAUUUAAACAAGCUGCAGCUUAACGACAUAAUCAAGCAGCAAAUGAGCGACAUCAAGCUGAAAGACAGUCAACUCAGCCGCACAGGAACUUUCACGUUAUAUGCAUACGACGUGAAAUCCUUCAACCGGCUAUUGAACGACUUCCAAGCUAUCCUCAACACAAAUAAUCAGCCUGCCGCUAAGCUGUUCGUGCCGCGAUCGAUUCAGCGGAUCAAAGACACCGAAAAGGUGGCUUUCGUCAAGAGAGUCGAUCUCGAAAUCCCCGAAGAUCGCAUCAUGACAGCACUCAAGGAAUUAGGACUUGAAGCGACGAAUGUUACACGGUUAACAAACAAAGACGGCAACAAUCCGACACGAACAGUGAAAGUGAUGUUCGCCGAUGCUGAAAACCGAAAUACAUUUGUCCACACAGGUCUACAAGUGGAUUCGAUGCAUUUUCCAGCCGAGCCAGCCACACAAAACACCAAGCCAGUGCAAUGCUAUAUCUGUAUGCAAUACAACCAUCUAGCUAAGUACUGCAAAACCAAAAAGCAGGUGUGUGCACGUUGCGGCGAAAACCACCGGCUGGACCAAUGCACAGCGCCUACAGACACGUCCAAAUGUUGCAACUGCAACGGCAACCAUCUCGCCUCGUCUGUAGACUGCCCAAAAUAUAAGGAGCAGGAGAAAAAAGCGCAAAACUUGGUCAACCAAUAUACCACAACACGUCAAUCCAAUGCAUGGGCUCCGGCAAUCCAGAGCGACACCGAUUUUCCGCCUCUCCGGCAAUCCGAUCAACCACAGCAACAACAUGUAACCAAGGACUUUCUCGACGAGAUCAUCACCAUGCUUAGCAGCCAUAUGGAAAAGAUCAUCGAAGAGACAACCAACCGACUAUUCAUCACUCUUCAACAAAAGGUCGAAAAACUGGAAAAGCUUAUUACCUCCAGCGAAGCGACCACAUCCAGCCCAACAACUACUACAGAUCAACCGACGACGACAAACCCAACAACCACCACAGAUCAACUGACGACGACAAACACAACAACUAAGACUAAACAACAGACAGCGACGACAAAUUCGACUUCAUCAAACGACAAGGCUACGACUGUUGUGCAAAGCAGCAAUGUAGACGCCUCGAAAGAGAGUCAAACAGCUAAGGUAAGGCACAACAAACAAAAGGACCCCGCAACGACCAACAAACAGAAAGAACCAGCGAAACGAAAACUCGCAGAAGCCAACAACUCUCUCGAUGCUUCGACUGGCGAAAACAAAGACCUAAAGAUCUCCAACGACGAUGAUUAG